AAUGGGAAAGGAAGAAAACAACAAGAAAAAUAUGAAAUGUCAUGUGAAGGGUCAGAGGGGUGCUCCCAGUUUUGAGCUACCACAAGUUAAAUCAAGCUUUGAAUUCGCAAGGAAUUUAAACAUCAAACUGGAGGAAAGAAAGACCAAACAUGGGAAAAUGAGUGCACCUAUAACAGAAGUGGAAGCUCUUAGGAACAAGAAAAAUCAGCCAUUAACUUCUCAACAAUUCAAGUUAUCUAUGUUUGCAACAACUUCCAGCAAGGAGCCUGAGCCAAAGAAAAAUGUUUCAGAUAAUGCAAGUAGGACAAAACUGCCAAAUAUUCACGCUGAAAAAAUUAUAGAAGGGGAAGUAUCUUUAAAAAAAUAGGGGAUUGAAGAUUCAAGAUCCAAAAGAUCAAUCCUUGAUUUCUGAAAGGAAUCAACCUUUGGUUUCUAAAAUCCAAAGUUCAAAAGGACAAUCUUUGUUUCAAGCUAGAAGACCUAUGCCUAUACAUAUUCAGGAUCCAAAUAGGCAACCCGUGAAAAAGAUGGUAAUUGGAGAUGGGUCGUUGGAAAGACAACAAAUUGCAAAAAACAAAUCUGUUGAAAGUGAAACUUCAAGGUCAAAGGAACAAUCUAGGAGAAUGGAAGUUGUUGAAAAUGACUCAAGGGAAAAACAUGAAAGUAACAAUAUGAAUCAACAACAAAAAAGGAAAACAUCUGGAAAUGACAUUUCAAGGGCAAAGGAUCAACCAAGGAAAAUGGUAGUGGCUGAAGAUGAGUCAAGGGCAAGACAACAAAGUGCUCGCAAGAAGACAAAAAUAAGUCCUUUGUGCCGAUCAAUGUUAAUCGGUGACUUUCUUAAAGAAAAUGGAAUAGAUGUUGAAAAAGAGAUGGAAAAUUUAAUUGAAGAGGAGGAGAACAUUGUUUUGGAAGAACAAGAACAAGAAGAAAAUGUGGAUUGUGAGGAAGACAGAGAAACAAAUGGGACAACUAAGAAAAGAACACGGGGACCAACGCGUUGUUUAAAAAUAUACGCAAGACCUGUCAAAGACCGUCAAGAAGUUACUCUAGACGACUUUGGAGAGGCAGUUGGACCUGAUAACCAAACAGUUACUGGCUUAGCCUAUUUCCUCGGAACUAUAGCAAGGAAUGCGGAUUUUUGUCCUUUGAUCUAUACAAAUUUCAAAAAAUUGCUUAAAGAUGAAACAAAUCCUAAGCGUCAUAAUUAUCGUAUUUGGAAAUAUAUAAAUACGAAGUUCAACAUUCCUGAGAGAGGAAGAAAAGGAAUAUAUUAUCGAAUAAACGAUGCUUGGAGACGCUACAAACACUCUAUCAAGGUAAAUCAUUUUCUAAAGUACUCUAAUAUGAAGGAUAGAUUAAAGAACCGUCCAAAGAGCAUAUCUGAAGAUCAUUUCACGAAACUGCUAGCGUUUUGGAAAAGUGAUCACAUUCAAGAAAUAAGCAAAAAGAAUGCAGUUAAUAGGAGCAAGCAAAAGUUUAUGCAUCGUGUAGGACCGACAAAUUUUGCUAGAAUUCGUGCUAAAUUGCGGGAAAACAAGGAUGGACAAGAAGUCACUCAAGCUGAGAUGUUUAUUGAAACUCGAAAAAGUCGCAAGGGAAAACAAGUGGAUGAGGAAACCCAAUUUGCGAUUGAUAAACUUCAAGAAUCUAUUGAAAAAUCAACUGAAGUUGGAACACAAACAUUUCAAUCACUGUUUGGAAAAGAAAAGCCUAGUAGAGUGAGAUGCUAUGGUAGAACUGUCACACCAUCAUUGUUGAAAAAAAAUGAAGAAAUUUCUUUAAUGAAAAUGCAAUAUGAUGGUAAAAUUUGUGACAUGACGCAAAAGAUGGGAGCAAUGGAGGCACUCUUGAAAAGCAUGUAUAUGCAACAAAAUUCACAUUUAAGUGAAGAGGAAGUAAAUGAAAAGAUGAGAGAAGUUUUACACAAUGAUAAUAUUCCAACACCACGCUCGUCGACAUCAACCUAUGCUCCUACUCAUCAAAAGGUUAGAAACGGAGAUGAUCCUGAUCAAGAUGAACAAGAUGAAGAUCUCCAUAAUGACGAUCUUCAAUAUGAUCAAGAUGAUGAUGAUCUUCAAUAUGCUGAUGACGAGGAUCUUCAAUAUGAUGAAGAUGACGAGGAUCUUCAACAUGAUGAAGAUGACGAGGAUCUUCUUUGUGACAAUUUUCAAGAUGAUGAUUCUCAUGAUCCUCAACCCAAUUUACGUGACGAAGACCAUCAUUGAUUCAAAUAUGGACAAUUAUGUUUUGUUUUAUGGAGUUACAUAAUCUUUUGGAUUUAUUUUGAAAA